CAACUACUCUAAAAGUCCAAAACAUAGCACCCUUCUUCCCGCCGGGAAAAAAACAAAACAGUAAAGUAAUUAAUUGAAAAAAAUCACAACUUUGCAACUAUAAAUUAGUUGGUGUUCUUAGUGAAUAUAUUUGCUCUGCAUUUAAUCUCUCACAGCCAUCGAACGAUCUCACAACUGGUUUUUAAGGAACGAUAAUGGCACGUAAGAAGAUCAGAGAGUAUGAUUCCAAAAGGCUGGUGAAGGAGCAUUUUAAGAGGAUUUCUGGUUCCGAAUUGGCUAUUAAAUCUGCACAGGUUACAGAAUCAACCGACUUGAAUGAGCUAAUCGAGAGGGAACCUUGGCUAUCCUCAUCCAAAUUGGUUGUGAAGCCCGACAUGUUGUUUGGGAAACGUGGGAAAAGUGGACUCGUUGCUCUAAAUCUUGAUUUAGCCCAAGUUUCUGAAUUUGUAAAAGCACGACUUGGCAAAGAGGUUGAGAUGGGAGGAUGCAAAGGGUGUAGCAUUAGUUUUUCAGAAUGUGGAGGAAUUGACAUUGAAGAGAAUUGGGACAAGGUCAAGACAAUCUUUUUACCAACUGGGAUGUCUUUGAAUCAAGAGAUAUGCGCUCCACUUGUUGCAACUCUUCCAUUGGAGAUCAAACCUGUAAUUGAGGACUUUAUCAAAUCUAUAUACACUCUAUUUAUAGAUCUUGACUUCACUUUCCUAGAAAUGAACCCUUUCACCUUGGUUGAUGGAAAACCUUAUCCUCUUGAUAUGAGAGGAGAGCUUGAUGACACUGCUGCUUUCAAGAACUUCAAAAAGUGGGGCAACAUUGAGUUCCCAUUGCCUUUUGGAAGAGUUAUGAGUGCCACAGAAAGCUUUAUUCAUGGACUAGAUGAAAAGACUAGUGCAUCUUUGAAGUUUACAGUUCUUAAUCCAAAGGGAAGAAUUUGGACCAUGGUUGCAGGUGGAGGUGCCAGUGUCAUAUAUGCCGAUACAGUUGGAGAUCUUGGUUAUGCUUCUGAGCUUGGAAAUUAUGCAGAAUACAGUGGUGCACCAAAUGAAGAGGAGGUUUUGCAGUAUGCUAGAGUUGUCAUUGAUUGUGCAACUGCUGAUCCGGAUGGGCAAAAGAGAGCUUUGGUAGUAGGAGGUGGAAUUGCUAACUUCACAGAUGUUGCAGCCACAUUCAAUGGCAUCAUUCGCGCAAUGAAAGAGAAGGAGUCUAAGUUGAAAGCUGCAAACAUGCAUAUCUAUGUAAGGAGAGGAGGUCCAAAUUACCAAAGAGGACUUGCAAGGAUGCGUGCACUCGGAGAAGAAAUUGGCAUCCCAAUUGAGGUGUAUGGUCCUGAGGCAACAAUGACCGGAAUAUGCAAACAAGCAAUUGAUUGCAUCACUGCAGCUGCAUAAACUUGGUUAAUGUUUGUGUCUGUUGUGUUUUGUUGAAUUCAAAUGUAGCAUGUAACUCAAGUGUUUUGUUGUGUUAUGUUUUGUUUUUGUAUGGGUGUGUCUUUGUUUUUUGUUUUUAAACCACAUUGUAGAAAAUUGAAGAAAAAAGAAAUAAUCUUGCGGCUCGUUUGAUGUAU